CCGACCUCCCGACGCAGCGGUGCUACUAUCCAAGUGAAUAACCUUAAAAAAAAGAAGAGCGCUGGGCUUUCGUCUCGGAUGGUUUAACAGCUUCUCAUUCGCCUUUUGGAUCCACUUCCGAUGCGAAAUGCUGCACCUAUUAUCGGACUAACCAGCCCUGUAGUUAAUUAAUCGCUCCUAUCUUCUCUUGCAACAUUGUUGCAGCGUCGCGGCUAUUGACACACGUUGUGGUGGUGGUGGUGGUGGUUGAGGCUGCUGGAGGGACCGGGAGGCCUGUGGUCGUUUUGAUCCUGGACGGAUAUUUUUGGACAACCUGGAGUUUUAAUGUUCGCGACGGAAAGAGGGGGGAAUCUCUGUCCUGUAUUUCAAACGGAACAUGUCUUUUUCAUGGCUGACUUGUUCACUUCUUCUGGGAACUUUAUGCGCAGGGUACAGUCUGGGCGAAGCAGAGACCCGGGAGUGUGUGUACUACAAUGAUAACUGGCGCACGGAGAGGACCAACCAGAGCGGCUUCGAGCGCUGUGAGGGGGAGAAGGACAAGCGACUGCACUGUUAUGCCUCCUGGCUCAACUCCUCAGGGACUAUCAAGCUGGUGAAGAAAGGCUGCUGGCUGGACGACUUCAACUGCUAUGACAGGCAAGAGUGUGUCUCCAUGGAGGAAAACCCUCAGGUCUUCUUCUGCUGCUGCGAGGGCAACUACUGCAAUGAACGAUUCACCCACCUUCCUGACAUGAUUGGCAGUGGCAACCGAGUGAAAAUCCGGCCUCCACCCCGAGUGCCGUCCCUGCUCAAUGUGCUGGUGUACUCCCUGCUGCCUCUCUGCGUGCUGUCCCUGGCCUUGGUUCUGGCCUUGUGGAUGUACCGCCACCGCAAACCUCCCUACGGACAUGUAGAUCUGAGCGAGGAUCCUGGACCAUCUCCUCCAUCCCCCUUGGUGGGUCAGAAACCUCUGCAGCUGUUGGAAAUCAAAGCUAGGGGGCGCUUUGGUUGUGUUUGGAAAGCUCAGUUGAUGAGUGACUACGUCGCUGUAAAGGUCUUCCCUGUUCAGGAUAAGCAGUCGUGGCAUAACGAGCGAGACAUAUUCCUGACUCCGGGGAUCCGACAUGAGAAUAUCUUGCGUUACAUCGGUGCAGAGAAGCACGGAAGCAACCUGGAGACAGAGCUGUGGCUUAUCACAGAGUUUCACGAAAGGGGAUCAUUGACAGACCACCUGAAGGGCAACACUGUGACCUGGAGUGACCUGUGUCUCAUAGCAGAGACCAUGUCCCGCGGCUUGGCCUACCUCCAUGAGGACAUUCCGAGCUACAAGGGAGAGGGGCCCAAACCGACCAUAGCGCACAGGGACUUCAAGAGUAAGAAUGUGAUGCUACGAGAUGAUCUGGCUGCAGUCAUUGGAGACUUUGGGCUCGCUGUACGAUUUGAACCAGGAAAACCUCCAGGAGAUACUCAUGGCCAGGUGGGUACGAGGCGUUACAUGGCUCCAGAGGUGCUGGAGGGAGCCAUCAACUUCCAGAGAGACUCCUUCCUGAGGAUAGACAUGUACGCCAUGGGCUUGGUGCUGUGGGAGCUGGUGGCUCGCUGCACAGAGACCGACGGUACAGUGGGUGAAUACAUGCUGCCGUUUGAGGAUGAAAUAGGCCAGCAUCCCUCCCUGGAGGAUCUGCAGGAUGUGGUCGUGCACAAGAAGAUGCGUCCAGUCAUCAAGGACUGCUGGCUCAAACAUCCUGGUUUGAGCCAGAUGUGUGAGACCAUCGAGGAAUGCUGGGACCACGACGCAGAGGCGCGCCUGUCGGCCGGCUGCGUGGAAGAGCGCAUCGGUCAGAUAGCCAGGACGAUCAGCAGCACUACCUCAGACAGCCCCGUCUCCAUUGUGACGUCUCUCACCAACGAGGACCUACCUCCCAAAGAGUCCAGUACCUGAACGGGUGACACCAUCUUUCACCCAAGCUCCUGACUUUUUAUUUUUUCAAAUCCAAACUCAGCGGAUCUCCGUGAAUAUUUAAAAACAUUAAAAAAAACUAGCAAAUUGAAUGCAGCUGCUAUUUUAUCCCAAUACUGGUAUUUUUUUUUCUGUUUUAAUGUUUUUGGUGUUAAGUCGGAUCUUACUAACACAUCCAUCUGCUGUAGUUUUGAAGUAGUAAUAAGCUGUGCGAUGGGCUCAUCUGAUAACACCCACGUGUCAAAUCUUAAAUGUCGUCAUUACCUCAUGUAUUUCUUUUGUGUUAGUCAAUUUUUUAUUACCUCAUGAGUUGUUAUCUUUGUCGUUUUUCCUGUCUGGUCAUGAUCGUCUGCGGCCAAAUGAAAUGAACCUUUGCUCCAAACCUCGGACGACGUGCUGCACACCUAGGAGGAACCGUUUUGAGACUGUUAGACAAAAUAUAUUCAUCUUCCUCAGGGGUCGAAGCUUCUCGAAUUUUUAAAACUCGAGUGCGCUCCCUUAUUUUAAACCUGUGAAUGCCUCAGAAUGAAAAAGAUCAAAAACCCGAUUGGAGCACAGCUGUUUUAUCAUAAGGGAGGGAGCUAAAUGGGAGCUGAGCAGUUGUUUUAAACAUUUGGACUUCUUGAAGAUUUGGGACAAGCGUCUUGUCCCUGGGGAACUACCUCUCAGGUAUCCAGUAGGCUUCUUUGGAACAUUUUCUCUAAGUUGAGAGCCAAGCUAUCCAGCUAGCUAUCAUGGACAUAUUCCUGGAUUCUUUUUUUUAAUUGUAGAAAUUUCAGAGUUACUCCUUUUGCCAGUGCCAGGGGCAUUGACGGAUGCUGUCUGGAGUUGCAAUGUUACACAUUCUUGAUUUUAACUAUGUUGUGUGAAUGUGUGUGCGUGUGCGUGAGUGUGUGUGUGUGUGUGUUUGAAGACUAAAUGAUAUGAGAUGGAUAGAGAGCGUGUUAAAAGUAAGAACCAUGGACAGGUAGUCUGGGUUUAUCCUUGCGAGGGCCAUACUUGAGUAAGCAACAUGUCUGUUUUUUAAUUUUCAUGGCUGUUUGUUCAAUAGACUCAGUCGGACACCAGUCCCCAGAUACCUCAGUCACUGUACGUCAUGCAAGGAGAGCUCAAAUGGUUGCCUUUGUCUCAAAUGCAAUGCCAUAGUGUAUCAUAACAUGAAUACCAUACAUUGAAUGUCCGUUAUGCUGCUGUGACUAUUCCAGGAUACUCAAGGAUUUGUAGAUGUACAUGUAUUCUUUGUUAAUAUAACGCUAACAUGUGAUAACUAUCCAUGAUAUUAUGUGAGGCUAAUAUUCUGUUUUUUUUUCUUUGUUUUUUUUUUUUCUUUUUGACUGGGUAAGCCCUCAGCUGCUUACUCCUCCAGACUGACCUCAGAUAUUCUGACAAGUACCUCAGGCUUUUUCUACAUGUAUAUCAAGUUGUGUUAUGUAUUUUAUUGUGUUUUAGUAGUGGAGAUAUUUUAUUGCUGGUUGGGCCUCUUAUCUGUGGAGAUUGUUUUUUCUUUUAAUAGAGCCUGACCACAGUGUUAAUGCUGUAAAAAUCUAAAAGAAGAGAGGCAGAUUCUUGUAAAUAGACCUGUACACACAGUUGCCGAACACUGAUCUGUUUUUUUUUUUUUUUUUUUUUUUUUUUUUAAAUAAGAAAGCAGGGCAUUACUAUUCUCAUUUCACAGAAACAGAAAAGGAUUUCCAAUUCCACCUCUACAUAUUUAACAGUCGUUUUUGACAACUAGCCCUGUGAUUAUAAAUAUAUAUAUAUAUUUUCAGAAUUUUCAACAAUGGAGGAUUGUGUUACUGAUUUCUGUGAAUAAUGGUAUCAGUUCCUCUGGAUCAGAAGUUGUGUAGGUAGCACUUGCAUUAGAAAGCUUAGUGUGUAUACCAUCGAAAACAAGCAAACAAA